AUGUUUGUCUGUGGUGUCAAUGAGAAGGAAUACAAAUCUGACAUUGACAUUGUCUUCAACGCUAGCUGCACCACUAACUGCCUUGCUCCUCUUGCUAAGGUUAUCAGUGACAGGUUUGGCAUCGUUGAGGGUUUGAUGACAACAAUUCAUGCCAUGACUGCAACCCAGAAGACUGUUGAAUGUCCUUCCAGCAAGGACUGGAGAGGUGUAAGGGCUUCCAGCUUCAACAUCAUUCCGAGCAGCACUGGUGCCGCAAAGGCAUUUUCACAUGGAGCUGCAUUUUCACAUUUUCUCAGGUUGCCAAAUGUAUUCAAGGAAUUGUGA